AUGUUGCCUUUGACUAGGAUUCAUCUUCUCUAUCUUCUUCUACUUCUAGCGUCCAGCGUCCAAGCAUUCAACACGAUCCACACAAAUUGCACACUCCCCCCGCAACACGCCAACUUUGUGACAGCCCCGAAUACCCUUGGCACCUUGCAAAUCCUAUGGUCAUCCCUGUUCACUAUCCUCGCCUGCACUUGGACUGUGCUUCAUCUCAACGUUCCUGGGUAUAAACAAAAACCGAAGGAAGGGGGCAUUACAGGCUGGCUGAAAUGGAUGGUGAUCAAGUAUCGUCAUCCAACCAAAUGGUUUCUCCUUACUGUGCUUGCCCCAGAAGUUCCUUUUGCAAAAUAUUGGGAUGACCAGGUUCAAGCACAUUCCCUGUUCUAUCACUAUGAAGACAUUUUUGAGGAUAAGCACUGGACGAAGACCCAUGUCCUGUUUGCCAAUAUGGGAGGCUUUGCGGUGAAAUAUAAGGAGAAGCGUGAAUCUUAUUCGACCGGCGAGAAAAUGAGUGCGGGAGAUCUAUAUAACAGCCCAGCCGAAACAAGACCUGCCUUGGAAAAUAAUACAUUCCUACCGGGGGGUUCGGGAAGAUUGAAUCAGUCAACUCCGGGGCCCGCCAGCAAGGAUCCCGCGGGAAAGUUCGAUAAAGUAUUCUAUCUGACAGCCACCGAAGCCCUGAAACUCCUCUGCAAAGACCAAGGAACACCUAUACCAGGGCUAGAUAAUACAUCAGUGGAGGAGAUCAACGAUCGUUCGAAAACGGACAUCUUUAUGCGCCUCCUUGCUGUGGGUCAAAUCCUUUGGGUGGUUGUUCAGAUCAUUUCGCGAGGGGUUUACGGCCUGACCGUGACCCAACUGGAGGUCACUGUUGUUGCAUUCGCGUUCUGUGCACCCAAGGGGGUAAACUGUCCGAUCCUCUUCGAAUAUUCUGGGACGAGGAAAGAUUUAGAAGGGGAACUAUCAAGGUCCAAGAUUCCGACCUCUACAAAGAUACACAACAAGUGGGCGUUCUAUCAAUGCAAGUACUGCAAGAUGGAGAAAACCAGCAGCAGCAGCGACAGCAGCGAGAACAGUGGCAACAACGAGAAUUGCGAUAACUACGAAGAAAAUACCAGCAGAGGCACAAAUGAGAGGAUUGAAAGCAACAAGACAGAGCCCCAAAAUAAUAGUGAGAAGAUGCGCCCAAAGGUGCUUAUUACUGCUGCCAUACGAGGAGUUCGAGAAUGUCUUGGGUCUCCUCGGACUUCGGGCGAUGCAAUAGAAAAUGGAUUCAUUGACGAAUCAGAAGACUCAAAAAGAUCCUGUGAAUUGCUCACUGACAUGUCGAUGUUCAUCAGCAGUAUGGUUUUCGGGGGAAUUCAUCUUAUUGCCUGGGGUUUUCAAUUCCCCACCAUAGUGGAGAAAUAUCUGUGGUGGGCAGCAGCAUUGUGGUGUACCUUUUGUGUUCUAGCGUGCACACUGCUUUGUUUCAUGUUCGUCGGACUCGAAAAGGUUAUCAAUACCAACUCUAGCGACCCAGCUGAAUCAGCCCCGAAGGUCUCAAACACGAGUCUUAAGCAAGACUCAUCAAACAUCAACGCAGAUCUCGAUGCAAAAUCCAGUCCCGGUUCGAGUAAACGCUCAAGUCCAGAGACCCAAUUGUCGGCGCCCCUAUCUGAGAAUCAAGCAUCAAACAGGGAUGAGGAAUCACAAGAAUCACGCACACAGCCUAACCGACCAGUGAAGAAGGCUAUUGUGGGUUUCGUGGUGGUUCUCUCUAGUGUGCUUGCCUAUAUUGUGGCGAGAUUGUUUAUUGUUGUUGAAAUGUUUAGGACAUUGGCCUUUCUUCCGCAGGACGCUUAUGUUGCUACUUGGUCAUCGGAAAUUCCUAAUAUUGGUUAA